AUGUCUGGACGUGGCAAGGGAGGCAAGGCCAAGACCGGCGGCAAGCAGAAGUCGCGCUCCGUCCGCGCCGGACUCCAAUUCCCCGUGGGACGUCUGCACCGUCUUCUCCGCAAGGGCAACUACGCUCAACGUGUCGGAGCCGGAGCCCCCGUCUACCUCGCCGCCGUCCUCGAAUACCUCGCCGCCGAGGUGCUCGAGCUGGCUGGCAACGCCGCCCGUGACAACAAGAAGACCCGCAUCAACCCCCGCCAUCUCCAGCUCGCCGUCCGCAACGAUGAGGAGCUGAACAAACUCCUCAGCGGUGUCACCAUCGCCCAAGGAGGUGUCCUGCCCAACAUCCAGGCCGUGCUCCUCCCCAAGAAGACCGCUGGAGACAAGGAA